AUGGCUGGCUUGAAGAUGGCUGUCAAGGAUCUCAGAACUUGGGUCUUUGUCUUAAUGCUUACAGCUAAUCAUAGCGCAUAUGGCUUCAACAGCUUCUUCCCCACUAUUGUAAAGGGAUUCAACCUGGGCAACACAACACUCACUCUCAUCCUAACCGCACCUCCGUAUCUGAUUGCUACCGCCACUGCCUUCGCUACAGCCUGGUCAAGCGAUCGUCGCAAGAAUCGAGGCUAUCACAUUGCUGUCCCUCAAGCCGUUGCUUGCGUCGGCUUCGUCAUCUCAGUAGCCACCCUUAAUAAUGCUGCUAGAUACGCUGCGGCUUUCCUUUACAUCUGCGGGUGCUUCUCUUCUAAUGCCAUGGUAUUCAGCUGGGCGAGCUCGACUUUGAACCAAACUCCCGAGAAGAGAGCGUGCGCGACAGCCAUUAUUAAUCUCCUCAGUCAGCUUGGUAACAUUUGGAGUCCUUACUUCUUCCCAGCUACUGAUGGCCCACGUUACAUCAAGGCCAAUCUCCUUAUGAUGGCCUUCUCGGCCCUUUCUGUGGCAACUUGUGUGGUGAUGCGGUUCAGUCUGCAAAAGGCGAACAAGAAGCUUCGAGAGUCUGGGGAGAGUGUCAAUUUGUUUACCCUAUGA